GACGAGGGGGCAGGGUCAGCCCCGGGCGAGCAGGCUCUGGGCUAGCAGGCUCAGGGCAUUGGGCUCAGCACCGCGGGCCGACACUUCAGGAGCCGCUGCUACUGAGCUCGCUGUCUGACUCCCUGUCGCGUCCACGGAAGAGCGGGUGGCUGAAGCCAAACUAUUUUAUAGAAUUCAUGGACAGCAGAAAAGAUACCACAAACCAAGAACUUUGGAAAAUGAAGCCUAGGAAAAAUCUAGAAGAUGAUGAUUAUUUGACUAAGGACACUGGAGAGACCAGCAUGCUAAAGAGACCUGUACUUUUGCAUUUGCAACCAUCAGCCUAUGUUGAUGAAUUUGAUUGCCCCUCAGAAGUUCAGCACAAGCAGGAAUUCUUUCCAAAAUGGCGCUUGCCACUUAAAAUAGCUGCUAUUAUAUCAUCUCUGACCUUUCUUUACACUCUCCUGAGGGAAGUAAUUCAUCCUUUAGUGACUUCCCAUCAACAGUAUUUUUAUAGGAUUCCAAUCCUGGUCAUUAACAAAGUCUUGCCAGUGGUUUCCAUCACCCUCUUGGCAUUGGUUUAUUUGCCAGGUGUGAUAGCAGCAGUUGUACAACUUCAUAAUGGAACCAAGUAUAAGAAAUUUCCACCUUGGUUAGAUAGGUGGAUGUUAACAAGAAAGCAAUUCGGGCUUCUCAGUUUCUUUUUUGGUGUUCUGCAUGCAAUUUAUAGUCUGUCUUAUCCAAUGAGGCGCUCCUACAGAUACAAGUUGCUAAACUGGGCAUACCAACAGGUCCAACAAAAUAAAGAAGAUGCCUGGAUUGAGCACGAUGUUUGGAGAAUGGAGAUUUAUGUAUCUCUGGGAAUUAUGGGACUUGGAAUACUAUCUUUGUUGGCUGUGACAUCUAUUCCAUCUGUGAGUGACUCUUUGACAUGGAGAGAAUUCCGUUACAUUCAGAGCAAACUAGGAAUUGUCUCACUUCUGCUGGGUACAAUACAUGCAUUGAUUUUUGCCUGGAAUAAAUGGGUAGAUAUAAAACAAUUUGUAUGGUAUACACCUCCAACUUUUAUGAUAGCCGUUUUCCUUCCAAUCGUUGUCCUGAUGUGUAAAACUAUACUAUUCCUGCCAUGCUUGAGAAAGAAGAUACUAAAAAUUAGACGUGGUUGGGAAGAUGUCACCAAAAUUAACAAAACUGAGAUGUCCUCCCAGUUGUAGGAUUACUGUUUACACACAUUUUUGUUCAACAUUAAUAUGUUUUAUCAUAAAUAUUUCAAAUUUGUAUUUGUUAAUAAAACGACCACUUGAGAAUCUUACUCCAUCUCUUCGUUUAUGGGUAAUGAGAUUGAAAUUUGUGUCUUUUCUUGCAGAUUUGAUUCAAAGCAAAACAAAAUUUUAUUAGUGAUCUUUAGCAUAUUUUCUGUUUGAUAAAACUAAGCAUAACAAAAACAUCACAUCUUAUUUGUCAGUGUAUAGCAUUAUAAAUAACAAAAGGCCUUGAAAUACCAAUCUUUACUACCUAUCACAACAUGUAUCAUAAGCAAUGAAAAAAAGAUAUCAUCUACAUCUACAACGCAAGUAUUACGAUUAUUGGUUUUUUUAUUCUCUAAAAAUUUAUUGUUUUACUAUAAUUAUUUUAAUUGUACAUGUUUGAGUACAGUGUGCAACAUAUGCACACAGUGUAUAAUGAUCAAAGCAGGAUAGUUAGUUAAUUCCAUCUCCUUAAACUUAAAAAAUGUUGAUUAACAUAUAAUCUUUGCACAUAUACAUGAGGUACAGUAUGAUUAUUUCAUUCUGUUCUAACAAGGUUUUAUUCCUGAACCACCCCCCUCAAAAGCAACACUGUGUCUACACAGACGCAAUAACAUCAGGUGCGCAUCCACACCAGUCUCGUGCCUGCACUCUCACCAGCAUAGCUCCCUCUGUAGUGCUGGGAAUGGGAAAUCAAGUUCCAGCCUUCCUGGCAUCCCUAAGGAAGGAAUGACUAUUUUUGUUGAGAAGGGUAAAGUUGGAAAGGUGUGAGGUUGAUCCAGAAAACAAGGAACUGUUUGAGCUGCAUACUAAAAUGUAGGUAGGAGUUCCGCAGACAGAACGGGAGAAUGGUGUGUCAUGAUGUGUUGAAAGUCUAGUUCAGGUCUUCCGGAACAGAAUUUGUGAAUGAAACACCAGAUAAACUACAGGCAAAGGCCAGAUAGAUCAUCAAGGUUAUUGCAUGAAAUGAAACUAUGUUUGGACUUUGUCCUUCCAGCAAUGGGGAAACCACUGAAAGCUGGAAAAGGGCUUGACAUCAUCAGUUGCAUUUCAGAAAGAUCACUAUACACUAUAGAGGAGAUGAAUCUGAUGGCAAGAGGCAAAGGAUAAAGACAGGUUGGAAAGUCUUUAAAAUAUUUAAGAAGAAAACUGUAACAUCCUUGGACACAGACAACAAUUUGCAAAUGAAGGUCAUUACAGAGGGGACGGAGGAAAGAGGAGAACAAAUAAAUAUGCAGCACAGAAUCUCCAGGAAUUCAUGACCAGUAGAAUAUGAGUAGAGAGGGAAAAGAAAGCUUUGGGGGUGGGGCAUCUAGGAUUCCUUCCACCUGGAUGACUUAAAGAACAAUGCUAUUAAGCAGAAUAGAAAAUUCUACAGAAGGAACAGAUUUUUUAACCAAAACAAAAUCAGAAUGUGUGUUCUGUACAUUGUAUGCUGUUUACAAUAAUCUCAGCUGCUAAGGAAUGCAGCGUGUUUAGUUUCAGGUCACACAGAGAGCUGUGAAAGGCAUAAGUCUGGGCAGAGAAAAGGAACAGGAAGAUCUCCCUCUGCUUCUUUGAAAAGGAUUGUUUUCAUUUUUGUGGAACGUGGGAUGGAGACCAGGAUCUCACAUGUGCUAAGUGCUCUGCCUCUAAGUUGCAUCCCUAGAACUUUCCUUUUUUUUUUUUUUAACUUUUAGACAGGAUAUUACUAAAUUGCCCAGGCUAGCCUGGAACUUGUGAUCCUUCUGCCUAGCUGGAAUUACAGGUGUGCGUCACCACACCUGACUGGAAAGUUAAUUUUUAAAUAAAGCUUUUGAUGUGGUUAACACCGCUGUGGAGGACAGUCACACCAGUUCUCCAUGAAGCAGAAGGAACAGCACCUGGAUCGUCACUGACACUGAGCCCCCUGCCUUCCUUCUCCAAGCAGAGCUGCUUUUCCUGCUCACAGUGAUCUGCCUGGGAUCUAUUUUCUUUAAACAUUCAAUAGGGAGGUGAGUUUUAAAAAACUGUUGAAAUGAUGUCUUUAGUAUUUUAAUAAUGAGUUACGUUUAAUGAUUAAUGACAAAAAAGAAAUGUAUGAUUCUGGUGUUAUUUUCAGGCUGUAGUCUAUGUGUCUGAGGAAUCGUGUAAGAAAUUGUGACCUAUUAACAAAAUCUAUAAAAUUAAACACAAAAAUUCAUAAUAAAUAUAUGUCAUUUUCAUUAG